UCCUUUUAAGCGACAAUUACCAAAACAACAGAAGUAGCCCUAGUCUCCUCUACCCGGCCAUCACCCAUCUAACCAAACGAUCGCUUUCUCAAUUUCCAGCUCCUCCUUCUCGUCCACGACAAUUUAGCUCAGGUACUUUUUAUCCCAAACCCCUUGGUGAUUCACAGACUUGGGUUAUAGAAAAGCAUCCUAUUGAAGAUGGAGAAUGCAGCAAAAAGAGUACUUCAUGAUAUGAGAUGCUGGUCCGAUCUACCGUAUCACGUCCUGGUCCUGAUAGGAAAGAAACUGACCAUUGCUGAUCAUCUUUCUUUUCGUGCUGUUUGUAAGGAGUGGCGUUUGGUGUCAAAAAUUUGCUGCCCACUGCAAUUUACAACCGAAUCACUUUGGCUCAUGUUCUUAAGAAACCCAAGAAGAAAAUCUGCUCAAUGGAAGAUUGGGGACCCUUCUAGUGGGUUCAUUUAUACCAUUGACGCCCCAUUGUUAUCAGCAGGGACUACUCGCCCUCGGUGUUUGCUUUCUAAGCAUGGGUGGCUCCUACUAUAUUCUACAAAUCCUUCACCGUCACUAUUUUUCUUCAAUCCAGUCUCACAAGCACGGAUUGACCUUCCUUGGUGUGAUGCAUUCUCUGGUAUAUUGACAUUAAAUCCUCAAAUUAUGGCAUAAUUUGUUCCUCAAAUUAUGGCAUAAUUUGCUCCUCAAAUUAUGGAACC